AGCGUCUGUUGGCUUCGUUUGCAUGCAAAUGGUUUUGUUGUAAUUCAGAUUGAGAGGCUCUCCGGCCGAGCGGUUAUCAGUUGUCCAUUGCAUCAUUGACGUAAUGUGUACAUAUGGCGAUCGUGACCGCCUCAAUAACGGGACUAAUGGAUUCCGUACACAAAUUGCGCCGCCUACGGAAAUCACUUUCACUCUCAUUACCCGCGCCAUGGAGGAGAUCAUUUGCAAUUGUCAAAGAUGCUCGGCCGGACGGUCUUCCUUCAACUGGCGCUCCAGCACGUCUUGGUCCAAGGAUACUACUACUACGAUUAUGGCUAUUGGGAGAUUAAUGAGCCGCCGCCGCUGUGCUCCGACUACGAGAUGCUGAUCGUGAACACCAGGCAGUGUGUGCGACGCUGCAACAUUGUCUGCCUGGGUGGUGUGUGUUUUGAGGAUGGCGACUGCCCUUGUGCCGAUCAGUAUCUGGGGGCCAAUCCGGACGGACUGGUCUGCGCUGCCGAGUGUCUGCCGGGCUGUCGGGAGGCGGGUGGGUACUGUGCCGCCCCGGAUCUAUGCGUGUGCCGGAAGGACAGGCACUACUACUUUGAUGCACUUUCGCGUCGUUGUCGCCACAGGGGUGCACGCCUUCUGGACCCCUGCCACGGGCGAUGCACCCACGGCCGUUGUUCCUACGAUGGAUCAUGCAUUUGUGCCCAGGGCUAUGAACUCCGCACCACCCUACUACACGGGCAGCAGUGCACGCCCAUCUGCCAGCACGACUGUGGACCCCAUGCAUACUGUUUCUCUCCCAACAUGUGCGCCUGCCGUCACAAGCACCACCAUUAUGCCCAUAAUGGCUUUUGCACCAAAGACUAUUAACAUUGGGGACAGAGAGCUGCAGUCGUCUGGGUCUGUUUUAGGUCCCACACUGCUGCUGACGUCAUUCGUUCGAAUUUUUCUCAAUUUACCAUUGCAGAUUCUAUAAUUAAAUU